AUGCCCUCGCCCAACCUCUUCUUCAACUGGACCUUCACCGACAUGGACGCGGUGAUCACGUACACGCCCGACAAUGCCGGGACGGGCACGCCGCUGUGGAACACGUCCUACGCCAACAGCAACUGGGCAAACUACGCGCCCGGCCAGACGGGCGCCGGCAUGAGCCAGCACUCUGCCGUCGCGACCAACACCAACAACCCGGGCGUGGCGUUCAACUUCCUCGGCACGGGAUACGGCCUGCUGGGCCAGAUCUCGCUCCCCUCCAAUGGCGCCCUGGCCGUCACGCAGGACGGGCAGCAGCAGUCGGCCAACGCAGUCUCCAACACCAUCCUCUCGAUGGGGACCGGCGACUACAGGUACCACAAGAUCCAGGUGGCGCUCGUCGACACGGCCAACCAGGCGAACGCGAGGCCGUCCAUAUCCGUCACUGGCCUCACGGUCGAGUAUGGCUUCUACUCCCAGGCCCAGAGCAUAUCAAACGUCAACGUCCGCACCGAGUCGUUCGUCUCCCAGAACGGCCUCCGCAACACAUUCUACACUGUCGAUGGUACCACGCAAGCCUGGAACGUGUCGCAGUCUAUCGGCGGCGCCAACGGCCAGCAGCCAACGCAGUACCCCACCCUGCGUGGCGGCAACGGCAGCGGACUCACGUUCAACGUGCCGGCCAACACGUCGUUCAUCAUGCUCAACGGCACCGUCGGGCCCGACCAGGGCGUCGUGCACAUUGUGUGGACGCCGCCCCCGCCGUACCAGGACGUCAACUACAACCUCGCCGUGACCAACAACGCGUGGCAGGCCCCCUCGGUGCUGUACAUGGGCGCGCUCGACCCCGCCGUCUCGUACAGCGUCGCCAUCUCGGCCGACGCAGACGGGACCGCGCCCGUCAACAAGAUCGGCCUCGCGUCGACGUCCUUCUGGUCCGCCAUCUCGGCCAGCGGCGCCCACCCCGGCGCCCCCUCAUCGUCGUCCAUCAACUACACGCCCAGCAGUGGCGGCUCCAAGACGCCCGUUGGCGCCAUUGUAGGCGGCGUUGUGGGCGGCCUCGCUGCCAUCGCCGCCGUCGUCGCGGCCAUCUUCUUCCUCCGCCGCAGGAAGCGCCACACCAACGACUUUGACAACGACAAGUUUGAGAUCGAGGACGGCCAGGCCGUCACCGCGACGCCGUUCAUCAGCCCCGGCUCGGGAGCGGGCAACACGCACAACCCUGCCCUCGUGGCCUCGGGUGCGGCCCUCGGCGCUGCUGCCGCUGGAGCCGGUGCCGCCGCCGCGAUGCACCACACGGGCCGCACGUCCGAGUCGGGCACGCACGCGACGUACGACAACUACUCGAGCAACGCGGGCGCCGCGACGUCCGAGACGGGCGGCUCGGCGGCGCCCAUCCUGAGCGAGAAGCAGCGCAUGGCGUCCCAGUCGGGCUUCUCGGACCGCGACGUCGCGCAGCCGCUGCUCGGGCACCAGGGCUACGAGCGCCAGUUCUCGUCGUCGUCCUCGCAGGCGGGAUACUCGUCCGCAUACGACGACCGCCGCCAGAGCUCCGUGUCCGGCGUCACCAACUACCUCUCGCCCGACCCGUCCAACCCCACGCGGUCGCAGUCUGGCGGCUCAGUCUUCAGCGACGACGACAUCACGUCCAUCGGCGGCUCGUCGAGCGCCGCGGCCGCCGCGAGCGGCAAGAGCCGCCGCCUGCCCGAGCUUCCGCAGUCGCAGGUCGUUGUCGAGCGCGACACCGGCUCGGCCCCCGCUCCCGCCGCGCCCGUCAUCGAGACCCUCCCGCCCACGUACGACCCCAGCUGGGCACAGCCGCCCGCCGGCGCCCCUGCCGGUGGUGCCGCUGCUCCGUUGACCGAGGAGCCAGCCGAGAUUGCUACUGCUGCAGGCUCGUCCGCCGCCGCUGCCGCUGUCGAGGAGCAGCACGGCCAUGUCGUCCACGAGCAGUCGUCUGGUUCGGGCGCGGGCACCCUCCCACCCGGCGCCUUCGCACCUUCUUCGAAUGAGAAGAACUAG